UUUUCUUCUUUCCUCUACCCGUUUCCCAACCACCUCCAUCUCACUGCCUACAUAGAAAAUAGUACAUACACUAUACCAAUCCCGUACUAGACAACAAUCUCUCAAUACCCUUGAUUCCAUACACCCCUCAUCUACCCAGCCACCUUCACCCUGUCCAUCCACCACUCUCACCUCGGCACCAACAUGCCUUCCCAAACAGCCUUCAUCUCCGGCCCUAUCAACACCGGCCCCAACGAGACCUACUUCCACACACAUUACCCACCUCUCCUCACGGCCGCUAUCGCCCGCAACGACUCCUUCGUCCUGGGUCCACUUCCCUACGGCGUUGACUCCGACGCCCUCUCCUACCUCCUCCAGUACCCCGUCCCUCCGACGCGAAUCACCAUAUUCGUGACCUCGCAGGAAGACAGUCUCUGGGGAUUGCAGUUGCGUGCGUUAGGGGUCAAUGUACAUGUUGUCGAGGGGGAUAGUACCCGUGAUCGGGACGCCGCUAUGACUGCCGCUAGUACUUAUGAUAUUUUGAGGAUUAGGACUGGGGAGGAAGCGAGGGAGAUGUAUGGGGAGUUGUGUAGGGAGGGGUAUCUGACGAAUACGGAGAGGAACUGGAGGAGGCGGAGGGGUAUCGGAGAGGAUGAGAAGGUGGAGGCGGGGGUGGUUAAUGGGGAUGUUAGGGCAUCUUUGGGUGUGAAGGAGAAGAAGAGGAGGUUUCUGGGAAAAGCUUUGGGGAGGUGAGAAGUGUUGAGUGUUGGAUUGGUUUGUUCAUGUAGAUGCUGGGGUUGUGCGUGUGGAUGGGUUGGAUUGGUGACACAGGGGAGAUGAGGUUGUGCUACCACCUACUAGCCCUAACUGCGAAGAUUAAACCCAGUCUUGACAUCAUUUCUCUACAAAGUCUCAGUGGUCGGUCCUAGAUAUGCAAAUGUAGGACUGGCCAACUGAGACCAUGUCGUGUCCACCGGUGGAAGCCAUCUGCCCACCCAGGAGGAGAAGGGCGAGUGCCUUCGCACGCUCCUGCUCCAAUUCCUUCUAUAAAGUCCACGAAGCUAAUUGGCCAUGCGCCACAACCCACCCCUUCUUACAUUCCCUUCCAUGCAUAUCCAGG